UUCCUCUGCCGGCAGCAGCAGCAGCCACCCACGCUUGCCCCGAGUGCUGACGCCACCCUGCGCUUCUUCUUGUUCUUGUUGUUGGACUCUCACGAGAACAGACCUGCAAGACAUAAGAAACCGCCGUGCCCCGUGUUUCAUUCACAGUCUGCCCACGCCAAGAGAGCCCCCAGCUGGGAUCGCCGCCCACAGUGACUCUCUCUGCAAACCCCUGGAUUCUCGCGGCACAAUUUCCGGAGCAACGCGCGUGGGGGUGAUCGACAUUGCUCCCUCAACGGCGCCCGCCACGUGCGAUCAGCAAGAAAAUCGGCUCCAGCCUGUCCACCUUGGACGUCACAUCCCAACACGCCCACGGCUGGCGGGUGUCACUGUCGCUGUCGCUGUCGUUGCAUCACGGGCUCGUCCUCUGCCAUGCGCGCCGCCCGCGCCUCGCCCGCGCACCGGCGCAUCAGUGGCACGACCCUGCUCCUCGCCCUCUCCGCGGUCCUCGCCCUCAGCUCCGUCGCCGUCGCCGGCACGACGGGCGGCGGCUUGUAUCACGUCCUGCGGCACGAAGAGACGCAUCGCGCCUUGCGGCAGAAAGGCGUCGCCGCUGCUGCUGUCCGUGCCAGCAACGACGACGAUGCCGCCUCCUUACCACCAGCCUCGCCGCCAGCGUCCACAACACCGUCACCACCAGCCUCGACGACACAGUGCAUCCCCGAUGGGAAGCCCAACCCAAUCAGCCACCUCUGGCCCAGCGAUGUCAGCGGAAACCUCAACGGCACCACCCUCAUCGUCCCCAUCCCGCUCGCCCAGGCCCGGCAGGCCAUCCCGUCCGAGUACGGCCUCCUCGAGCACCAGUGGCGAGAGUGGCUGCCCGGGUUCCCCAUGGGCAUGUACCCCAUGAUGGCGGUCGCCGUGUAUGACCACGACCUGAGGUUUCCGGCGUAUAGCAUGUCGCCACCAAGCUUUUCGCGCGCCGCCCUCGAGUUCCCCUUUGUCGACGCCCUCAACGAUGGUCACAGCGCCUUCCGCUGGGCGGCAAACAUGCUCCUCACGGCCGGCUCCCCAGCUGUAGAGGGCACCGAGGCGUUUGGCGUCAAUGUGUACCCGGCGGCGUUUGACCCGCCGUGCCACGCGUACCGGGCUGGCCGUAGCGGAAGCGAUGGCGACAGGCAUGAGCCGGGCCUGGCUACCUUCAGAGCGUGGUCAAACGCCGAGUCCGGAAGUCCCGGUAACAACAACAAUACCAGUAGCACCACCGCUCUGCCGUCGUCGGCAGCGGCGACCACGCUCGCGAAAGCGGGAAGAAAAUCCUGCGGCGGGUCCGGACCAGGCCAUGGCGAAACCCCCGGCGACAGUCAUGAUGAACCGUGGAAAAGCGCCUCGCGGUCACUUUACUUUGAGACCCGUCCUGCCCUGCUAGCCGAAGAAGCGGGCGCGUUCCCCUACCCGUUCCAGUUUCUCGUCAACAUCACCAACCAGCCCGUCUUUGCCGAGCCGAGCAUCUGCGACAACUACAAGCGCCUCUUCAACACGACGCUCACGACCGACCCGGCCAACGCGCCCGUGCAGGUCGUCGGCUCGGUAAGGGGCAACCUGGAACCCUUUGGCCCCUGGGGCAUUGGUGCCGCUGCCGCCUAUCCUUCUCCUCCCAGCAGUGCCGGCACAGGCAACAGCGGGAAUAACAUCGCAGGGGGGGAGGUGGUGAUCCCGCACGUCUGGUCUGGGGUGUACGGGUGGCGCCUUGCCACGGCGUUCUUGGAACCCCCCGUGCCGGACACUUGUGCGCAGUUGAAGGGGUACAUGGGGACCGGGCCGGGAGAUUCUGCCAUGCCGUAAGCAUGGGGCGUUUUUUUUUUGUCGAUUCUAUCCAGGGUGGUGUUCGUUCGACCGGGCCGAAUGGGUGGUUUUUCGCGCACCCCGUCGGA